UCCUUCUCUCCUCUCCUAUCCAUGCCAGAAGUAUAUAAUAAUUUUGUUUCUCAUUUUUCACUUUGUUUAUGCAUAUACCCCUCUUGACUCCAGCCCCCCAAAUCAACAAAUUUGGAGCAAAAAUCUUCCCAAAAUUCCAAUUUUUCUUUAAAACUUCAUAAACCCUACUCCUUUUCAUUUGAUAAUCAACAGAUCUGCCACUUUCACAUUUGGGUUUUUGAAGGUCUUGAAAUCGACCCACUCUCAAUGGAUCAUGAUAAUAUAUACGGAUAAAAUGGGAUUCGUGUAUUCAACAACUAAAUGUGGUCUUCUAGAGGAUUUGAAAAUCCCGACGCAAUGUCUUCUGAUAGAAACCUGAUGAAUAAUAGCUCCAUCGGUAAUCGGACACGAACCUCUGAUCCAACAAGCGGGCUUAAUCCUCAAACGGUAAAUGAUAAUACUGCGUAUUCUUCGGAAGAACAGGAACACCUUGCACGCUUGAAAGCUCAAAAGGAGGAAAUCCAGUAUCUUAGACAACAAAUUACCUUAGCAAGUGUCAGGGAACGGCAAUUAUUGAACGAAAAAUACACGUUGGAAAAGAAGUUCUCUGAGCUACGACUGGCUCUAGAUGAAAAACAAAAUGAAGCCAUUGAGUCUGCUGCUAAUGAACUGGCUCGUAGAAAAGGUGUUCUUGAUGAAAAUCUGAGUUUAGCCCAUGAGUUGAAGGUUACUGAAGAUGAGAGGUAUAUCUUCAUGUCAUCUUUGGUUGGGCUAUUGGCUGAAUACGGCAUUUUGCCUCGUGUCACAAAUGCCGCAGCUCUUUCCGAUAGCAUAAAGCACUUACACGACGAAAUGCAGCAGAAGAUUAGAUCAUCACAAGAUCAGCAGCGGUUUUCGCCUUCACCCUAUAACAAUUCUACAGGUGGCAGACAAUUGGAAUCAAAUUAUGAUGUUUCUAAAUACACAACACCGCUCAAUGGUCAAAUAAAUCAAUCACAAGAAAAUGAUAACCGUCAAACGUUUGAAUCAAGGCCUGUUAGUCAGAACAUGGAACAUGUCUAUGACAACAAUAGGGUGAAUAAUAGAUUUCAAGAUGGGGCUGACAAUAAUUACUUUCAACCACCUUCCGUUAAUUAUGAGGAUGAUUCUUUCGCUGCCGAAGAUGGCCCGGGAAUCGAAGGCUUCCAAAUAAUCGGGGAUGCGAAACCAGGCGGUAAACUUUUAGGCUGCGGAUUUCCUGUGCGUGGGACCUCACUUUGCAUGUUUCAGUGGGUUCGUCACCUUCAAGACGGCACUAGGGAGUACAUUGAGGGAGCCACAAAUCCAGAGUAUGUAGUUACAGCCGAUGAUGUCGAUAAACUUAUUGCCGUUGAAUGCAUACCAAUGGAUGACCAAGGUCGACAGGGCGAAAUAGUGCGACUCUUCGCCAAUGAGCAGAACAAAAUAACGUGUGAUCCCGAAAUGCAAGAAGAAAUCGACAAAUAUAUGGCAGCUGGUCAAGCAUCAUUCAGCGUUUCGCUGCUGAUGGAUUCUCCUGAGACUUGGGAGCUAACAACGUUCACUUUGAGACGUUCAAAUUACCAAAUUAAAAUCAAUCGGACGCAAAAUAUUUUCAUCGAUGAGAAAUAUUCCAGUGUUUUGUCGAUCAAGAUCCCUUCAGGGCUUACUUCACAAUUCGUGUUGACCCGUUUGAAUGGUUCUUCACAUCCUUUUACGUUCCAUGAUGUUAGAAUGCGUGACACGUUUGUGCUCACUAUGAGAAUGUUCCAAAGCAAGGCAGUGGAUGAAAGAAGGAAGACAAAGGCCUGAAACUUUGUAUACUUGAAUAUAGAUACAAGUAUUAUAUACUCAUUCUUUGUAGAAAUGAAGUAGAAGACAAUAUAGACUACUUUAGAAGGUAUUGUUGUUUAGAUUGGAAUCAAUGGGUGUGUUUGUUUGUGUCCAUUUGAUUUUGACUUUUGUUAAAAAUCAACUUACUAUUUAACUCUUUGGGUAUACCAAGAUUUUAUGACCCUAUAUAUUUAUUUAUU